AAUGCUAAUUCCAUCUCUCUUUCUCUCUGUGUGUCUCUCUCUGUCAAACAUAUAUAUUUCACACUUUGAGCUCCACAGAUCUAUUCGCAUACGGAAUCUUAUACAGCACUGUGAUUUUAUUUCUUCCAAUCGUUUUUCCAAGUAUUGUUGUCUAGCUCAUACAAACUAUCUCAUCGAUCAUCUUGUGUUUCAUUACCUCUUGUUUAAGUUAUAUAUAACUGGAUAUAGAAGUAGAAUCAACCCAGCAUGACCUAGCUAUUCUGUUUCAUGACGAUUAUUUAGGAGACUGCAUUUAAAUCAUUUACUUGAUCUUUAACGAACUCAUCACGUACGGUACACUAUGGUCGUGAAUUAAUCUUUCAUUUUUCACGUAAAAUUUUUAGACAAUGCUUUAAGAUAGUUCAAAUCGAUCAUGAAACUACCUGGUGUACCUAGCUAUAAAUAAGUUGCAUGCCCACUUCACUGAAGAAUCAUGGGAUCCCAACUAGAAUCAUCUGAAUGUUUAUCAUACAUAGGAGGAUUGCCACAUGUUUUAGAUCUUAAUCGCUAAAUAGUUGGUUUAGAAUUGUAACAUGUUAUUUGGCCAGUUAUCUACGAUAACCGAUAUUACGAAAGUCACGAAUUUGAAGUUAAUUUAUUCAUCAUCAAAUUAGUGAGAUGGAUCGAGUUACAGUACAUAAGAAACAAAACGAAAACUAGGAAUGAUAUUUGUUUUUAUUUUAUUUUCCUCAAUGACUCCAGUUCCGAAACCUCUAUAGUGUUCACAUGGUAGUAUGGAAAACUAAAAAACUUAACUUUAAAAUAAUAUUUCCCAUAAUUAGAUUUACAUUCAACGGUGAUUGACCAUGAUUUCUUUAGUUAUUAGGUGACCAUGUGAACACUACUACAUGACACGUACGUAUCUAUAUUUUUGAAGGUGGUUUGUUUGAUUUUUAUUUUUUAUUUUUUUGAAACGUUGAAGGUGGUAUUAGAUUCGUUAGAUUUGACAGCCUGAUUAUCAGGGAUGCUCAGAAUUCAGAAAUCUGGGGAGGGCUGAAAACUACCUUUGACAUUGUUUAUAAUAAAAUGGACGAAAUAUUGACGAAAAUUUAGAACCACCAAACAUGAUAUUCAUAGCGUUAGACUUAAGUUCCACGGUGGAACCCUCCCCACCUCGAUUUGUCGAUCAAGCAAAUCCCCACCUCUAAAUCCCACCAAAUUCAAAUCUCGCAACAAACCUAACCUUCUCUGAUAUUACCCUCCAAUUUUUAAACUUGGUGGUUUUGUCUGUUCUCAUUUCAGAACUAACAAAGCUCCAGACGUACGUACGUAGGCCACCCUGCGUUUCUCAUUUCAUGGCGACCAAGUUCUUUGCUCUUGCGUGCAUACGCGACAGCAACGGUGAAGCCCGCGGCGGCAGCAGCGAUCUGUCGCCGCGGCCUCACUACCCGUCCAUGCCAAAGUACCCUAAGGGCGUGGUGGCGGAGGAGACCACUAUGGUGGAGGGCACCGAGUCCAAGGCUGUGUUCUCCGUCAUCGGCAUGACCUGCUCCGCCUGCGCCGGAUCUGUAGAGAAGGCUGUGAAGAGGCUACCGGGGAUUCGUGAAGCUGUCGUCGACGUGCUCAACAAUCGUGCUCAAGUCAUGUUCUUCCCCGAUUUCGUUAACGCGGAGACCAUCCGUGAGACAAUUGAAGAUGUUGGAUUUCAAGCAACAUUGAUUGCUGACGAGGGAAAUGAGAAGUCCACGUUGGUAUGCAGAAUAAGGAUCAAAGGAAUGACAUGCACUUCUUGCUCUUCCACUGUUGAAUCAGCUUUGCAGGCAGUGCAUGGUGUACAAAAGGCCCAAGUUGCCUUAGCAACUGAAGAAGCAGAUGUCCACUAUGAUCCCAAGAUAGUGAGCUGCAAUCAGCUGAUGGUAACCAUUGAAGACACUGGAUUCGAAGCCAUACUUAUCAAUUCAGGUGAAGGCAUGAGCAAGAUUGAUCUUAAAGUUGACGGUGUAAGAACUGAUCAUUCGAUGCGAAUACUUGAGGAGUCUCUUCAAGCACUCCCUGGGGUGCAAGGUGUAGAUAUACAUCAUGAUGACAGAAAAAUAUCACUUUCUUACAAGCCAGAUAUAACAGGUCCAAGAAACUUCAUCAAUGUGAUUGAAACAACUGGAUCAAGGCGUUUCAGGGCGAAGAUAUAUCCAGGUGGUGGAGCAGGAAGAGAAAGUCAUAGGAAGGAGGAGAUUCAGCAGUACUACAGAUUCUUUCUCUGGAGUUUGGUUUUCACUGUUCCGGUAUUUUUAACUUCCAUGGUCUUCAUGUACAUUCCUGGACUUAAACAUGGCUUGGAUAAGAAAGUAGUAAAUAUGCUCAGCAUUGGGGAGCUUAUAAGGUGGAUUCUGUCCACUCCGGUGCAGUUCAUCAUAGGCCGGAGGUUCUAUACUGGCGCAUACAAGUCGUUGCGCCAUGGUUCUGCUAAUAUGGAUGUGUUAAUUGCCUUGGGAACUAAUGCAGCAUAUUUCUAUUCAGUCUAUUCUGUACUUAGAGCUGCCACCUCCCCUCAUUUUAAGGGUACAGAUUUCUUUGAGACAAGUGCAAUGCUUAUAUCAUUCAUUCUGUUAGGGAAGUACCUUGAGGUGUUAGCUAAGGGGAAGACAUCUGAUGCCAUUGCCAAACUGAUGGACUUGGCACCUGAUACAGCCACUUUGUUGACAUUAGACGAAGAAGGGAAUGUGUUAGGGGAAGAAGAAAUUGAUGGUCGGUUGAUACAAAAGAAUGAUGUUAUCAAAAUUAUUCCAGGGGCGAAAGUAGCUUCAGAUGGUUAUGUGAUAUGGGGACAAAGCCAUGUGAAUGAGAGUAUGAUAACAGGAGAAGCGCGGCCAGUGGCGAAAAGGAAGGGUGAUACAGUCAUUGGAGGUACUGUGAAUGAAAAUGGUGUGUUGCAUAUCAAGGCAACAAGGGUUGGAUCAGAAAGUUCCCUUGCGCAGAUCGUACGGCUUGUUGAGUCUGCUCAGAUGGCGAAAGCUCCUGCUCAGAAGUUUGCUGACCGCAUUUCUAAGUUCUUUGUGCCACUGGUGAUCAUGCUUUCAUUCUUUACCUGGCUAUCAUGGUUUUUGGCUGGAAAAUUCCAUGGCUACCCGAAAUCUUGGAUACCGAAGUCCAUGGAUAGCUUUCAGCUUGCUCUCCAGUUUGGAAUCUCUGUCAUGGUUAUUGCCUGCCCUUGUGCUCUAGGCCUAGCAACUCCUACUGCUGUCAUGGUUGGUACUGGAGUUGGUGCAUCCCAAGGUGUACUGAUCAAAGGAGGCCAGGCAUUAGAAAGUGCACAUAAGGUGAACUGCAUUGUGUUUGACAAGACAGGGACUCUCACAAUUGGGAAGCCACUCGUUGUUAACACACGACUCCUGAAAAAUAUGGUGCUUCGAGAAUUCUAUGAACUUGUUGCGGCAGCUGAGGUUAACAGUGAACACCCUUUGGCCAAGGCCAUUGUUGAGUAUGCCAAAAAAUUCAGAGAAGAUGAAGAGAAUCCAACCUGGCCAGAAGCGCAUGACUUCGCCUCCAUUACCGGUCAUGGGGUGAAAGCUAUUGUUCGAGGCAGGGAAAUAAUUGUGGGGAACAAGAGCUUGAUGGUGGAUCAGAACAUUGCAGUUCCACUUGAUGCAGAAGACUACCUUGCAGAAGCUGAAGGGCUGGCUCAAACAGGGAUUCUAGUAGCCAUAGAUGGACAAGUGGCCGGAGUUCUAGCAAUAUCUGAUCCACUGAAACCAGGUGCUCAAGAAGUCAUUACCAUACUCAAGUCCAUGAAUGUUAAAAGCAUAAUGGUGACAGGUGACAAUUGGGGUACUGCAAAUUCUAUUGCCAACGAAGUUGGUAUCGAUACUGUUAUAGCUGAAGCGAAACCUGACCAGAAAGCAGAGGAAGUGAAGAGAUUGCAGGCUUUAGGCAACACUGUGGCGAUGGUGGGAGAUGGCAUCAAUGAUUCACCAGCACUUGUGGCAGCAGAUGUAGGCAUGGCAAUUGGUGCUGGCACAGACAUUGCAAUUGAGGCAGCAGACAUUGUGCUUAUGAAGAGCAACUUGGAGGAUGUGAUAACUGCCAUUGAUCUUUCGAGGAAAACCUUCACUCGUAUUCGUUUGAACUACAUUUGGGCGUUGGGUUAUAAUGUGCUCGGGAUCCCAAUAGCUGCAGGGGUUCUCUUCCCAUCCACUGGAUUUCGCUUACCCCCAUGGAUUGCUGGAGCUGCAAUGGCUGCUUCUUCUGUCAGUGUAGUUUGCUGUUCAUUGUUGUUGAAGAAUUACAAGAGACCCAAGGAGCUAAAUAACCUUGAGGUGCGUGGAAUAAUGAUCGAGUGAUCAAUAGUAGACUUUUGGAUCAUGCGUUUGUUUGCAUCCCAAGGAAGUUCUUAGGUAGUGUUUUGGCUGAUUAAGGAACUAUAUGUACAUAAAGACUGCUUGGUUUAGUUUGCUUUCGUGUGUGUUAUAUGAAAGAAGUUUCCACUAGAAGAGGGUUCGGAAUC